GGCUGCGUUUGGGAAGCCCUGAGGCACCAGGCCACGGCGACUUCCCAGCUCACACAGUGCUCGCGAGGACGCGCACUCUAGAAUGUGUCAUUUCGCUCAAACCGAUGCCGCGUCGAGCCCCGCGCGACGGCGGGAGCGAGACCGUCAGCCCCGCAAACGACUCGGGGCCCGGCGCGCCAUGUAGCGCGCAUGCGCAGGCCUCCCGCGAGGGGCGCCUGGGAAGCGCCGGGCGGGCCGGGGCCGGCUCUGGCCGCGUUGCACCAUGGGAGUUGUAGUCCUUGAUCCUGGCACAGGGACUGUGGUCCCCGUUCGGCACGAAGCCCUCAAACUACCCUUCCCAGCAUUCCGCCGGGCUUCCCAGGUCACUCUGCAGAGGGACGGCGGGCCGAGUGUCCGCUAGGGAGCUCAUCAAAGUGCUCUAACUCAAGCGAAGAGGGACCAGGGGCAGGGACGGCGGAUUUCAGCGCUUUUUUUUUUUUUUUAAAUUCUUUUCGGUUUAAUUCAAGCUAGCGUCUUGGCGCCGCCCGCCCCGCGGGGUUGCCGGAGCCCGCGUCCCGCCGGGGUGGGGCGGGAAGGGUCGCUGCUGGCUGGCCGGGGGCUCCCCGAGGCCCCGCCGUGUCCGUGACGAUGAUCUGCGCCUUCCUGCGGGCUGCCGAGCGCGCCGAGCAGCUGCACCGGUGCUCGGGCGGGCGCCUGCUGCGGCGCCACCUCGUGCUGAGCAGAGCCGGCCCGAGCGCCGAGCCCAGCUGGCGAUGGGGGCUGCAGGGCCAGGGGGAAGCGCCGCGGCCCUGGGGGCUGCGCGGGGCCCCCCGGAGGGCCGUCUGGACGCAGGGCCAGGGCGCCCGGAGAGCAGAGCAGGACCCCAGCAAGCAGGUCCCCGUGCCUGGAAGUCGGGGCGGGGAACCCGCCGUGCCCACGGCGCAGAGAGUGAAAGAAGCGGGAAGAGAUUUUACCUACCUGCUAGUGGUGCUUAUUGGGAUCGGCAUUACAGGUGGCUUGUUUUAUGUGAUUUUCAAGGAACUUUUUUCUUCAUCCAGCCCUAAUAAGAUAUACGGCAAAGCCUUAGACAGGUGCAGAUUACAUCCUGAGGUGGUCAGCGUGUUUGGGGAACCCCUGAAAGGCUACGGGGAGAUGACGAGGCACGGCCGCCGGCAGCACGUCAGCUUUGUGGAGUACGUGAAGAAUGGGCUCAAACACAUGCGCGUCAAGUUCUACAUCCAGGGCUCGGAGCCCGGGAAGCAGGGCACGGUGCAUCUGGAAGUGAGAGAGAACCCAGAGACGGGGGAGUACGAGUUUCGCUACAUAUUUGUGGACCUGGACUCCUACCCGGGCAGAACGAUCGUCAUCGAAGACAAUCGGUCCUGAGCUGGGGGGAGCAGCCGGCCGAGGCCCCGUCAGCCGGGGGCCAACGGGAUAACCUGGCAGGCGGUGCCCGACUCUGGGCUGCGCGCAGCUGCCUCAAGGUCCCUCCGCCCGGCCAGCGCAAGGCAUGCAGGAGGAGCAGAGGCCAUUCUUAGCCCUGCACGGCUCCGGCCUCCCCGUCAGCCACCCUGUGUGAAAGUUUGGGUUUGAAAAGUUCAUACAUAAGUUAAUGUAGAAGUCGGUAUUUUUCUAGUAUAGCUAUAACGUUUGUGAAAUAAAAGUGAGAAAAAGUUA